AGUCUCACUCAAGAUAGUGGCACCAUCAUUUACCAACCAUGUUCUCUACAAUAAGGAUGUUUUGUUGUCAGUUGACAAUCCUGUGUCUGUUCGCUCACUUGUCUGCUGUGCAAGGACGUCACAUAUGCCACCUUGCUAAUGCAACUAUCUCUGCAGAGAAAGACCACUGUCCAGUAUGCAUUACCUUCACCACCAGCAUCUGCACUGGCUACUGCCAGACAUUGGACCCUGUCCACAAGACAGCUCUCUCCUCAUUUAAACAGAAAAUCUGUACCUACAAGGAGAUCCGCUAUGACACCAUCAAACUGCCAGACUGUUUGCCUGGCACAGACCCAUUCUUCACCUACCCCGUGGCAUUGAGCUGUCACUGUGACUUCUGCAAGAUGGACUAUAGCGAUUGUACCGUGGAGAGCAGCGAACCCGAUGUUUGCAUGAAGAGUCGCAUAUCCAUUUGAUGUUCGUCAAAUUAAAAUUGCAUGUUUAGAAACUAAAAGGAAACCUCUGCUGAGAGUAUGAAGCCUGCCUUUGCUACCAACUGCUAAAAAUGCUAGUUGCCUGUCAAGCUGACAAUUUGACUCAACUGCGUUACGAUUCACUAAUCUGGAACAAGUAUGUACCACUGGGAAUUCCAAUUGGCUGUAGAUCAAGCCAGGCAACUAGCAUUUUCUGAAGGAGGUAAACAAUGACAGACAAAAGGUUUCUCUCAGGACAGAUUUCCUUUUUGUCUGGCCUCGGUUUCUUCUUUAACCCUAUAAAAUCGAAUGCCAGGAAAACAGCUAGUCAAUUUAAAUGUAUAUAUUGUAUGCUUAUUGUUUUUUUUCCUGCCAAAGGAUUUGAUUGUGUAGCCAAUCGUGUUUUUCUACAUCUCUGCUACACAGCACAGCUGGAUAGGUACCACGUUCCCUGGUAUAUGAAUGCAGCUUUCUAGGUCACCUCUUCUGCCUGCAACCAGAAUCAGCAGGAAGGUAGUCCAGAAACUAGUUAAAGGAUAACUCCACUUUUGUAGGUAAAAUAAAAAAAUAUAGCAAACAAAGUUAAUUUAGAGCAUAUAAGUCUGACACAAGUCAUAUUGUGAUUUGAAAGUUAAUAAAAGUUAAAUUUCCUUUUCAA